GGAGGGCGCUAGCGCAGUGAGGUAUACGGGGAGCAGCCGCAGUAGCCACACAUUAUUAUCUCUGUACAGAUAAACUUGACUAGAACCUCUUGACGUGCGUCACAGGAGACACUUAUACCACACUACCGACCGUCGCAAACACGCAAGGAGCCAACAGUUGUCUCGCUCGUCCGCAUUUAACUGGGUCAAACCCAGUCACAGAUGCACUGCGCGGUGCGCAGGCGCAGCUUGUCGGCUGCCCGUCAGUGCCAUAGCAACCGGAGAGAAGACGUCAACCAUCAACAUGGCCAAAGCGACAACUGUGAAAGAAGCCCUGGCCAAGUUGGAGGAGAAGUCAGGGGAGAAAGUGAGCGAGAGUAAAGCCAUAAAACUGUAUGGUCAGGUUCCUGCCAUAGAGAAGAUGGAUGCCUCUCUCUCCACACUCACCAACUGCGAGAAGCUCUCUCUUUCCACAAACUGCAUUGAAAAAAUAACCAAUCUCAAUGGCCUGAAGAACUUGAGGAUAUUGUCAUUAGGAAGGAACAAUAUUAAGUCUCUCAAUGGGCUGGAGGUAGUGGGGGAAACACUAGAAGAGUUGUGGAUCUCCUACAACUUGAUCGAGAAGCUGAAGGGAGUUCAAUCCAUGAAGAAGCUCCGAGUCUUCUACAUGUCCAACAACCUGGUCAAAGAUUGGGUAGAGUUUGUGAGGCUGGCCGACCUGCCGUGCCUCGCAGACCUGGUGUUUGUUGGAAACCCUCUGGAGGAGAAGCAUUCGGCCGAGGGAACCUGGAUGGAUGAGGCCUCGAAAAGACUACCUAACCUACGGAAACUAGAUGGAACCCCAAUCAUCAAACAGGAAGAGGAGGAGGCCGAUGGAGAGAGCUGAGGAGCACGACUAUCUGCAACCUCCUUUCUAAAGAGUCUUCCCUUUUUCAAUGUUUUGUAUGGUUUGUCAUGGUGCUUUUCUUUUUAUAAAAUGAUUUUUACAACAGCGUACACUUUGUUACAGAUAGAUAAGCACAAGAUAACCGAUAAAUACACAGAUGUUUAUGUUUUAUAGAAUGAGGAAAGUCUGUUUAACUACAAGAUCAAUACUAAAAGCAAUGUCCUUUAUCUAUCACUGAUGGCUGUAACAAUGGGUGAUCGAGCCUAUGGCCCACUGAUUGCAAUAUUCAUAUAUUUGCAGUAUUACCAACUGGGUGUCUGUAGUAACAUUCCAGGAAAAAAUGCUUUAUUUCAGUUUUUCCUAAUAAACACACAACAAAUUGACCUAUGCACACAAUUCUGAAAACUUUUCAAUUUAAAGCACAAUUCCCAUUGUUUUCAUUCAAAUAGACAUUGUAAAUCAACCAGGACUGAAAUCUUAACGAUUGCCACUUGAAGGCCUUGUGGGCUUGGGACCAAAAGGACAUUAUGGUGAGACCUCAUCAGUGGAAAUACAUGAUGAGCACAGUAUUAUUUAUGGGACAAAACACUGUCCUCCCUCCAUGGAGAGAUGACCAUAUACAGCUCAAUGGUGAGGAAAGAGUGACUUGGAGUGAUACAUUUGAGUGUGAACCACAAAUGUAAGUCCUGCAAAUAUGUGCUUCUUAAACCGCAUACUGUAGUCGUUAGCAGCAUUCAGGAAUACACUGAUGUCAGGGUCUGUUACCGACCUCUGACUUCUCAGGUCGUAAGUCGCAUUAAAGCUUAAAGAAGUUAGUAUUCACCAUCUGUCUCAUGGGACAUGAAGGAGCCAUCAACGGCCACAUUGCAGCGGACUGUGGAGUCGACAUCGCUGCACAAAAAUACAUCCACAGUUCUGUUUGGCUCUGUGUUUGAGAUUUUCUAUUUAUUUGUUCUAAACGUUUUGAACUGUUUGAAGGGCAGAAACAAGUCUACUGUAUUUUACUGAUAGUCUGUGGUGUAUAAAGUACCGAAAAGCAAUACUUGAGUAAAGAUACCUUACUGGAAAAGGACUAAGUGAAAGUCAAAUACUACUUGAGUAAAAGUAUCUGAUAUUUACUGUACUUAAGCAUCACAAGUAAUGUUCUGGUAUUGAAAGUAAAAGUACAAGUAAAUGUUUUUAAUAAAAAAGUAAAGGGUCA